UUCCAUUUCACGUCAUUUCUCUUUCUCUCUCUUCUUCUCUCUCUAUAAAUAUCAUCAAUCCCACAAACCAAAACCUUCAUUAACUCCAUCGCCAACCCCAUCAUUCUCUUCUUCUUCUUCUUCUUCUUCUUCAUUUUUGUAUUCUUUACAAAUAUAUAAAUGGGCGAUAAGAAUGUGAACCUCCCACCUGGGUUCCGAUUCUACCCAACCGAUGAAGAGCUCGUCGUCCAUUUCCUCCAUCGUAAGGCCGCUCUCUUACCUUGCCAUCCCGAUGUCAUCCCUGAUCUCGAUCUCUAUCCUUAUGAUCCCUGGGAUUUAGACGGUAAAGCUAUGGCGGAGGGGAACAAAUGGUACUUCUUUAGCCGGAAAACACAAAACCGGGUUACCGGAAAUGGGUAUUGGAAGCCAUUGGGAUUGGAUGAACCCAUAUUCAGCAGUGGUGCUAGCAAGAAAGUUGCAGUUGGUAUGAAGAAAUAUUAUGUGUUCUACGUUGGAGAAGCUCCGGCCGGCGGGGCCAAAACGAACUGGAUAAUGCAGGAGUACCGGCUCUCAGACUCUGGUUCUAGUAGUAGUAGUAGUAGUAGAUCAUCUAAAAGAAGAGGAAAUCCAAAAAUAGAUUAUAGUAAAUGGGUAGUAUGUCGAGUGUACGAACGCAACUGUGAAGACGACGACGACAACGAUGGGACGGAGCUUUCAUGCUUGGAUGAAGUUUUCUUAGCUUUGGAUGAUCUUGACGAAAUUAGUCUACCAAAUUAGAUCUGAUAAAAAAUAGUUUAGUUAGUCAGAACUUAUAUUUCAUUAGAAAGUUAAAGUUCGACUUGUCAGUUAUAAAUCUUCUCUCUCAAUUUGAGAAUUGUAUUGCAAUUUCAUGUAUCCCAAAAGAAAAAUGCAAAAGAUCCAACAACAUAGGAUCUAAACUAGGCUUUUGUAGUGCCAUCUUUUCAUAUGUAGCAUUGCAGAGCACUAGUAUUGUCUCAAGCAAAAUGUUGUAAUAUAUUCUAUGACACUUCAAAAAUGGGCAUGUUAUGUUU